GCUCCUUUUCAUAUAAAGCCAAGACACUGCUCAAUGGUCAAUAGUCAACACUUAUUAAUUGCAAUUUGCAAUAAUGAAACUCCCUUUUCAUAUCAAUAGUCAAUAAUAAUUGGAAGUUUGGAACACUAUGCACAGCAAUUCAUCUCAAGUCUCUGAACACUGAAGUGAUUUCUCAUUAUCGUCACAGUCACCGCACUUCGCUGUUGAGUCCUGACGCCGCCGCUUCUGCUUCCGGUGUCUUGCUUGAUCUCUAAUCUGAUACUUAAUCAGCCUGAAGCACUAUGGGAGACUCCUAACAGACAAUAUAUAUGCUUAUAUGCUUCAAAGUCAAGUAAGGUUACUGUUUUUCUGAGAUCUGAAUAUCAUAUCAUGGGAUGAAAAGGAAGUGAGGAAACACAGGAUUGCCUUUGCACCGACGGUCGAGGUUGAAUAUCAUGAUACUACAACUUCUGUGGUUUUUGGAGUCUGCUCAGUCAAUUAAAAUAUCUCAGUGUUCUAGUAUUACAAUUCUCAAGGCACUGCAUUUCUACCGGGCACCAUGAUAUCUUCAUAGAAAGGCUUAACAAUGAUUGCAGGGAAAGGUUAUAAUCAAAAUUAAGAGGAAGUAUGGAGUUUGUAGCUCUUGCUGUUGAUAAAACUUUGGGUUUUGUGGCCCAACCAGUUUUUCGGCAGCUGGGUUACAUUUUCUUUUACAACUCUAAUGUCAAGAAUCUAGUUCAAGGAGUUGAGGAACUUGAAGCUGAAAGGAUAGCAGUGCAACAUCAAGUUGAUGAAGCUUUAAGGAAGGGGGAUGAAAUUGAACAGAGAGUUGAAAAUUGGUUAAAACAAGCAAGUGAUAUCAUCUCUAAAACAGAGGAGUUUCAACAAGAUGGAGGACAUAAAGGGACGCGCUCUUGGUUGUUUCCAAAUAGCAUGCGGUUAAGGUAUCGACUGGGCAAACAGGCAAAGAAGAUGAAAAUCGAUGUUGAUGGACUACUACCAAAAGCUGAUUUCAAUGGAGCUUCUUAUAGGCUGGGACCAAGGUCCAUGGAUGCUGCUUUAUCCAAUAUUGGUUAUGAAAGUUUCAAAUCAAGGGAUGAAACCAUGAAAAGUGUAAAGGCAGCACUUGAAGAUCCAACUGUCAGAAUGAUUGGAAUCUAUGGACCGGGAGGUGUUGGUAAGACUACUUUAGUCAAAGAAGUUGCUAAGCAGGCUAUGGAUGAAAAUUUGUUCUAUCCGGUGAUUCUCACAAGUGUAACAAGGAAUCCAGACCCCAAGAAAAUUCAGGGAGAAAUUGCUGAUAUGUUGGGGUUGAGACUGGAAGAAGAGAGCGAGAUUGGGAGAGCAGACCGUAUACGGCAGAGGUUGAAGAGAGAGAAGAAGAACACCCUUGUAAUACUAGAUGAUCUUUGGGAAGGAGUCGACUUGAAUAAGUUAGGAAUUCCAUUUGAUGAUGAUGGUUUCAGCCAGAUGACUAUCAAAGACAUACCAGACUUUGACAAUAGCAUGAUGAAGAACGAAAAGGCUACUGGUGAAUACAAAGGGUGCAAAAUUUUGCUAACUUCCAGAAGCAAAGAAGUAUUGUCUACUCAAAUGCAUGUGAAGAAAACUACAAUUUUCUCUGUGGGUAUUUUGGACAAAAUGGAAGCCGAGAAGUUGUUUAAGAAGGUAGCUGGAGUACAAGGAAAAAAUCCCAAGUCUGAACGUUUAACUACUGAAAUUGUAAGGAAGUGCGGAGGGUUACCCAUGGCAAUUGUUGCUGUUGCAAGAGCGCUGACAAGCAUGGGCUACUUGGACUGGAACAAUAAAAUGGACCAACUGAAAAGGCAAGAAUUUAUGAGACUGCAGAAUCCUAUGGAAUUUUCCGUGAAGUUAAGUUAUGAUCAUUUGGGAAGUGAGAACCUUAAGUCUGUUUUCUUGCUUUGUGCUCAAAUGGGUGAUCGUGCAUUAAUUAUGGACUUGAUGAAGUACUGCAUUAGCUUGGGUAUAUUUCAGGGGGUCCAUACAAUUAGAGAAGCUCGAAAUAGAACAGAUACAUUACUCCAGAAGCUAAAAGACUCAAGUUUGUUGUUGGAUACUGAUUCCAAUGAUCAUUUCAAUAUGCAUGAUAUGAUCCGCGAUGUUGCCCUGUCAAUAGCAUCCAAGGAGCAAAAUGUAUUUUUUCUGAGAAAUGGAAAAAUAGAUGAAUGGCCUGACAUGGAUGAACUUCAAAGGUAUACGGCUAUUUCCAUACACAAUAGUGAAAUCAUUGAUGAGCUUCCAGAAGAUAUAAAUUGUCCUCUGCUUAAAGUCUUUCAUAUUGAUAGUGAUGAUCCGUCAUUGAGAAUACCGGACAAGAUUUUUGAGGGAAUGAAAAAUCUCAGAAUAUUGAUUUUGACUGGCGUUCAUCUACCACACUUACCAAAUUCAAUUAAAUGCCUGAAGAAUCUUAAAAUGCUUUGUUUGGAGAGGUGCCAACUAGGUGAGAACUUAUCCAUCAUUGGAGAGUUGAAGAAACUACGAAUUCUAAGCUUUUCGGGGUCAGAAAUUCAGAACUUACCAAAUGAGUUGGGCAAUUUGGGUAAGUUACAAUUCUUUGACAUCAGUAAUUGCACCAAACUCAAGGGCAUUCCUCCUAAUAUCAUAUCAAGGCAGAGUAAUUUGGAAGAGUUAUAUAUGAGAAAUAGCUUGUCUCAGUGGGAAACUGAAGGACAAACAAGCCAAACUCAAAGUGCUAUCCUUGGUGAAUUAAGGCAUAUGCAUCAAUUAACAACUCUUGACAUAUGCAUCUCUAAUGCUGAACUUUUGCCAACGAAUCUAUUUUUUGACAAGUUGAUAAAUUACAAGAUUGUGAUUGGAGACUCCAAUAUGCUUUCUCUUGGAGAUUUCAAGAUGCCCCAUAAGUAUGAAGUGUCAAGAACUUUGGCAUUACAGUUGAAAGAACCUACUGAUAUUCACUCUCAAAAAGGGAUUAAAAUGUUGUUCAAAAGAGUUGAAAAUCUGCUGUUGUCAGAUAUUUAUGGUGUUCAGAAUAUUUUUGAUGAGUUGAAUUUGGAUGGAUUUCCAGAGUUGAAACAUUUGUCCAUUGUAAGAAACUCUGAGAUUGAGCACAUCAUCAUCGAGUCAAUAGACUUCUCACAUCCACAUAAUGCAUUUCCCAAGUUGGAGUCUUUGUGUCUCUACGAAUUGAACAAGAUGGAGAAAUUAUGCUCUGCUAAGCUUACAACUAACUGCUUUAGCAAUUUGAAAUCCAUCAAAAUUAGUUGUUGUGGACAACUGAAAAGUCUCUUUGCCUUCUGUAUGGUUCAGUCUCUUACUAAACUUGAAGCAAUUGACGUUGCUGAAUGCUGUUCUUUGGAGGAGAUAGUUGGUGGGGGAAGAGAUGAAAAUAAUGACAACUCUGCGAAAGUUAAUAGGCUGAAGUUACCUGCGCUGCGCUCUUUGACACUACGCUCAUUGCCAAGGUUUACUGGUUUCUUGACCAAUGAUAACAUCUAUUCUGAACCACAGUUGGUAGAGGAGCAAGUGUCAGAUGGUGGUCUCAAUGAAAUUACUGUGGUAGAGGAAUCGGCUUCCCAUUAUCUCUUAAAUGAUCAGGUGGCAAUUCCCAACUUAGAAAGUUUGGAAUUAUUGUCAAUCAACAUCCACAAGAUAUGGAGUGAGCAGUCUCCGUCCCUGCCUUUGACUCAUUUCUGCUUUCAGAAAUUGAUAAAACUGAAUGUGAAAGAUUGUAAUAGAAUGGCAUAUUUAUUUACAUACUCCAUGGCUACAAGCCUGCCAAACCUCAAAGCCCUUUCUGCAAGUGGAUGCAAGAGGAUGCAGGAAAUAUUUAUCUAUGACAAUUCUAACAAGGAUGAAACAAAGCAGAUUAGCAUCUUUCCUAAAUUGGAGGAAAUCCAAUUUAGCGGCAUGGAGAGAUUGACAAAGAUAUGGCCCUCCAGAGUCACUUCAAAAUCCUUCGGUAGUCUAACUACUGUGGUUAUUGAAAAGUGUAAAAAUCUUGUCACAGUUUUUCCUGGUCACACUGUGGGAAGAUUUCAGAAGCUAAUCAGCUUGAAGGUUUUUGAUUGCGAGUCUGUGAAAGAGAUAUUUGACAUUAAAAAUAGCACUCCACAAGGACUUUCUGGGUAUGAAACUUAUCUCCAGUUCUUUUAUAUCAAAGAGCUUCCCAGUCUGAAGAUUUUAUGGAACAAAGAUCCUGAAGGAAUUCUUUCCAUUAAAAAUCUACAAAUACUGGAGGUGUAUGGAUGCCGCAACUUAAAAUAUCUCUUUCCAUUUUCUGUGGCCAAAGAUCUUGAUAAACUUCAAUGCCUCACUGUAUUAAAUUGCAAUGAAAUGGAAGAAAUUAUUCCCAUGGAAAAAAAAUCUAUUGCAAGUAGUACCCUUAAGCUUCCUCAAUUAUCCUUUUUGCAAUUGCAACAACUACCAAAACUAAAGAAUUUCUUUGGGGGCGGAGCUAUUGGGUUACCAGAAUUGAAACAGCUUGCAGUGUGCUAUUGUGAAAAUCUAGAAGCACAACCAAUAUUUGGAGAUGAAAAGGUAAUCUCCAAGCUAGAGAUGUUAACAAUGACAAUGACCCAGAAGGGAUCAGAGUGGCUAAACCAGUGGAUAAGCAAAUGUCGAAUGAACAGUUUAAAGGAUCUUCGCUUGGCACUAUUGCAGAAUAUUAAGAUUCUGUACGAAUUUCUCCACAAAAUUCCUAACCUUGAAGACUUGACAUUGUACAGUUGUCAGUUCAAGGAAGUGUUGCCUCAUGGAAGCCUUGCAGCACCUAAAAAAAUAGGGACUGUAGUACAGGUUAAGGGUUUGGUAUUAUGGGAUUUGCCUGAUCUUCAGAAUAUUGGCUUUGAAAGAGAUCCAGUUUUUCAGAUGAUAGAGCGAUUAAGGGUACAUCGCUGUCCCCGUUUGAUUGAUAUAGUGCCUGCAUCAGUAUCUUUCACAUACUUAACACUUCUGGAAGUGAGUGAGUGUAACAGCUUAAUAAACUUAAUGGCAUUCUCUACAGCAAAAAGCUUGUUUCAACUCACAACAAUGAAGAUUAUUAAAUGCAACAAGAUGGAGGAAAUUGUAAGAAAAGACGGAACUGAAGAAGAAACAGAAGAUGUUGUGUUCAGCAAAUUGAUGACUCUGGAAAUUGCAUCUCUUGAAAAACUCAAAAGUUUUUGCUGCUCUAGAAAUUGUUCCUUUAAGUUUCCGUCACUGGAAAAAUUAAUACUAAGAGAGUGUCCAUCAAUGAAAGUCUUCUCUGCGGGAGCUACAAGCACACCAAAACUACUGAAAGUACAGGUUGCAGAAGAGAAAGAAAAAUGGCGCUGGGUUGGUGAUUUAAAUGGAACCAUAGGAAAUAUUUUUACAGAGGCGUUUGCAUGUGGAGUAGAGAAUUUGAAACUCGGUGAUCAGCCUAUGCUGGAAGAGAUAUGGAAGGGUCAAGUAACAGUUCCAAACAAGUGGUUCAAUAAUUUGAAGUCUUUGGUCAUCAAUAAAUGCAAAUUUUUGUCAAUCGUAAUACCUUCUAAUUUACUUCCCUUCCUAAGUAAACUGGAGAAGUUGGAAGUGCAAGACUGUAAUUCUGUCAAAGUAAUAUAUGACAUGAAAGAUGUAACUGAAGAAACAAGAAGCAUGAAAAAUAUGGGACAAGGCUUGCCCUGUCCAUUCCCUUUGAAGAAGUUAAUUCUAAAGGAGCUUCCAAAUUUGGAGCACGUGUGGAACAGGGAUCCUCAAGGAAUUGUUUGCCUUAAAAAUUUGCAGGAUGUGCAUGUGGAAAGAUGUAAAAGUCUUAGAAGUAUAUUUCCAGAAUCUGUUGCCAAAAACCUGGCACAACUUGAAAACAUUGUUGUAAGAUACUGUGAGGAGAUGGCGGAAAUGAUUGCCAGAGAUGGUGAAUCGUCCUCGGAAGCAACUAAAGAGUUUGUGUUUCCUUCUUUGUCCUCAUUGAUUCUAUGGCAAUUGCCAAAGCUCAAGUGGUUUCCUAGGGAGCUUAAGAUAAAGUUUCCUCAGUUGAAAAGUUUAGAUGUUCAUCACUGUUUAUUGACAUCUGCAUUGGAAAUCUAUCAAACAGCAUGCCUGGAGGAUCAUGCCUCUACAUCAGUUGCAAAGGUUUUUCCCAACUUCGAGAGACUUUCACUCAAUAAAGAGGAAACCAUGAUGAUCUGCCAUGGACGACAGCUUGAGGUGAACCUCCUACAGAAAUUGAAAUGCCUUAUUUUGCAGUGUUUUCAUAGCCGGUGUAGCAUGUUUCCUUAUGGAUUCCUUCAAAAAUUUCCCCACAUAGAAGAAGUUGAAGUGCGUUGUUGUUACUUCAAGAAGAUAUUCUCCAUGGAUAGACCAGAUAUGAAUUAUGGAGGAGUCCCCUCAAAGCUGAAGCAGUUAAAGCUGAACACUAUGCCCGAGCUCAAUUCCAUUGGGUUCGAACACUCUUCAGCACACUCCAUUCUCAAAAAUCUUGAGAAAUUGGAAGUAUCUGGUUGUCCUCGUUUAGUAAACUUGACUCCAUCCACUGUUUUUUUCUCCAAACUGGCAGAAUUGAGUGUCUCUCAAUGUCAUGAACUGGACUACUUAUUGACAUAUUCUACAGCCAAAAGUAUGCAUAUGCUUGAGAAGAUUUCUAUAAGCCAUUGUCAGUCCCUAAAAGUGGUUGUAGCUAGAGAGAUUGAUGAAUUAGAUGAGAAUGAGCAUCAUGAGAUAAUUUUCAAGAAGCUCAAAGCAUUGUACCUUGACUCAUUGACAAACCUUGCAUGUUUCUAUGAUGGCAUUUCCUCUUUGAACUUCCCAUUGUUGGAACAAGUGUCUGUAUCUGAAUGCCCUAUGAUGGAAAGUUUCUGUCAAGGUAAUGCAGUAUCACCAAACCUGUCAGGUGUCAAAUUUCAUGGGCAUAUGAGUAAGCUUAAGUUGUUUGGAGUUGAAUAUGAGGACCAUGCAGAUAGCCACUGGGGAACUGAUCUCAAAACUAUUAUUUCAAAGGCAUUUAAGGAAACGGCUGCAGAGUUUCUAUCUCAUGUAAACCAUUUGAAACUGGGAGAUCAUUCUGAGAUAAAACUAAAAGAUAUAUGGUUUGGUGUAGUUCAAGUCCCGGACACAUGCUUCAACAAUUUGAAGUCUUUGAUUCUGGAAAAUUGUCGCUUUAUAUCAAAUGUAAUACCUUCCAAUUUACUGUCUUUUCUAACCUCAUUGGAGGAGCUGGAAGUAAGAAAUUGCGAAUUGGUGAAUGUAGUAUUUGAUGUGAAAGAUAUUACAGGAGAUAAAAGUAAUGUGAAUAUUGGUCAAGCUGCUCCCCUCCAACUAGCCCUAAAGAAAUUGAAAUUAGAAAAUUUACCAAAUCUGAUGCAUGUAUGGAGUAAAGAUCCUCAUGGGCUUUUCAGGCUUCCUGCACUACAAGUAAUGCACGUCAACGGAUGUAGUAGCAUUAAAAGUUUGUUUCCAGUAUCAGUUGCUCAAGAUCUAUUGAAUCUUGAAAUUAUUGAUGUAAGCUACUGCGGGUGCCUAGAGGAACUUUUUCAACCAGAUAUAGGAGCUGAAGAAGGCAUAACUAUAAAGUUUCUCUUCCCAUGUCUGACCGUACUGAUACUAGGUAACUUGCAAAAUUUCAAGUACAUCUACCCAGGAAAAUAUGAGGUGGAAUUUCACAUGCUGAAAAGUUUAAAAGUUUACCUUUGUAAAAAGUUCACUCCUAUAUUUCGAAUUGACCAUCAGAAGCAUCCGGAUUAUGAACACCACCAAAAUCAUCCAGAUGGUGAAUUUCAAGAAUUUCAAGAUAAUCAACAAGCCCUUAUCUCGAUUGAACAGGUUGCUGCCAGCUUGGAGCAACUGUCACUCAAUACAGAAGAUAUUGUGACGAUUGACCAGAGUAUAUCUCAGUUUGACCUUCUUAAUAAAUUGAAAGCUCUGGAACUGCAAUGCUUUGACUAUGAAUCUACUUUUCCAUUUGGGUUGCUUCAAAAGUUACCCAACACUGAAAAGCUACAAGUGAGUCAUAGUUCCUUCAAGAUGAUAUUCCCCCAUGAAGCAGGUCCUUGGCUGUCUUCUUGUAUUGAUGAUACAUCCUAUAACCAUGAGGAUCACUCUAACUUCCUCUCAUUCACUGAUCAAAUACAUUACGUGUUAGCGGCUCUACAACACACCGGGAUCCGUCCUAUUGAUAAUGAGCAUGAUGCAAAAGCAUUAGUUCCAAAGCUGAAAGAGUUAUGUCUGAAUGCUUUGCCUGAGCUCAGAGCGAUAGGAUUGGAGAACACUUGGGUGGACGUCCUUUCUAGAGGCCUUAAGACCUUGGAAAUAUGCAGAUGUCCUUCUUUAGUAAACUUGGCUCCAUCCACUGUGCUUUUCUCCAGCCUGACAAAUUUGACUGUAAAAGAAUGUGGUGGAUUGCAAUAUUUAUUCACAUUGUCAACAGCAAAAAGCAUGCUUCUACUUGAGAAUAUGUGCAUAUGCCAAUGUGAGUCAAUGACAGAGAUAGUGGACAAAGAGAAGGAUGAAUCAGAUCUUCAAGUUGACAUAACUCUCGGGCGGCUCAACACGUUGUACCUUGACUCAUUGGAAAACCUUGUAAGCUUUUAUGCAGGCAAUUCUAUUUUGAAAUUCCCAUCCUUGGAACAAGUUUCUGUGUUCGAAUGUCCCAAAAUGACAGUGUUCUGCCAAAGUGGCGUAGAUACUCCAAAGUUGAUGGGAGUUGAAUUUAGCAACCACAUGGAUGAACCAUGUUGGUUUGGUGAUCUUAACAUCACGACAUGGAAGCAAUCUGAACAAAUGAUUACAAAGUUUGCAUGUGAAGUACAACAUUUGGAGCUUAGUGAACACCCUGAACUACAAAUGUUUUGGAACAAUGUAGUUUCUGUUCCAGACACAUGCUUUGAAAAUUUGGAAUCAUUGGUUGUGGAGAGCUGUGAAUGGUCUUCAACUGCAAUACCUUCUAAUAUACAUUCUUUGCUGAGCAGCUUGAAAGAAUUACAAGUGGGAAACUGUAAUUGUGUGAAUGCAAUAUUUGAUGCAAGAGACAUAAGGGGUGACAGAAGGAUGAAAGAUUUGGAACCAGCCUUGUUCCUGUCAAGAAUGAUAUUGAAUCAGUUACCAAACCUGGAGCAUAUCUGGAAUACAGGGCUUCAAGGAGUUGCUGGACAACAACAAUCUGAAGAAGUAUAUAUAGAUGGAUGUGACAAGCUUAGAAGUCUGUUUCCAGCAUCAAUUGAAAAAUAUCUAAUGAAGCUUGAAAAACUUGAUGUGAAAUGCUGUCUGAGGUUAGAGGAAAUUGUUGGGAGAGACAAAGUAAGCACAGGAGCAAUAAUGGAGUGUAUAUUACCAGCGGUAUCUUUCUCAAGUCUAAAAGAACUGUGCUUAUCUGAUUGUCCUAGACUGAUAUAUGUAUUCUCAUCCUCAACAGCUAAAAGUUUGGUGCAACUUGAGAAGAUGCAUAUAAACAAGUGUAAAUCAAUAAAAGAAAUUGUGGCCAAGGAAGUAAAUGAUGCAAUUCAACGUCAGAUAAUCUUUGGGCAGCUCAAAGUGUUGUCUCUGAAUUCUUUGCCAAGCCUAGCAAGCUUUUAUGAAGGGGAUUCCACAUUGAAAUUCCCUGAACUAGUUGAGGCAAUCAUUUACGAAUGCCCCAACAUGAAGAUUUUCUCUCCAGGGUUAGAGACACCAAAGUUGGAGGCCAUCCAAAUUUCUCCAAAGACAUCAGACAAGAGGUGGGAGCAUGAUCUUAACCACAAAAUAAAGGCGUUCAUUGCAUGGAAGGUUACGAAGUUUGCAUGUGAAGUACAGUUUUUGAAACUCAUUGAUCACCCUGAACUUGAAGAUAUAUUUUGUGGGGUAGCUCUAGCGCCAUUCGAGUCAUACUUCAGCAAUUUGAAAACUUUGGUGGUGGAGGGGUGUGAAUUUUUAUCAACUGUGAUACACUUUAAGUUAUUUCCUUUCCUAAAUAACUUGGAAGAGUUGCAAGUACGGCACUGUGAUUCUGUCAAGGAAAUUUUCGAUGUGGAAGGUUUAAUGAAUAAUGUGGUACCAUCUGCAUCCCAAAGCUUUCCACGGAUCAAGAAAUUGACUUUAGAAAAUCUACCAAAUCUGCAGCAUAUUUUGAGAAUCACAGAUCAUCAAGGAAUUUUCACAUUUCCUGAUUUGGAGAAAGUGGAAGUUAGGGAAUGUAAAAGCCUUAUCAGUUUGUUUCCAGCAAAAAUAGCCAAAGGUCUUGUGAAACUUGAAAUGCUUCAUGUAAUACACUGUGCAGGGCUAGUAGAAAUUGCUGCCAAGGAUGAGGCAGCCACAGAAGCGGAAAAUGAGUUGUUCGAAUUUCUCAAUUUGAAAUCGGUCAUAUUAUUGGAACUACCUGAGCUCAGGCACUUUUACCCUGGGCCACACAAUAAAGAAUGCCCUAAGCUUAAAGAAUUAGAUGUGUCUUGUUGUUGUAAUCCGAAGAUCUUUUCCACAGCUCAAGACUUCGGUGAGAACUAUCAGCUCUUUUCUUGGGUCAAAAGGUUAAUAGCCUGGGUUAAAUGAGUUGUUAGACACAUAAUCAUCAGAUGUAGAGAAUUUCAGACAGAUCAUCAUCCUGUAGCAGUUAUUGGGAGGUAUCACAAUGUGCUAGCUGUGCUUGAAUAUCAGUUGUGGCUAUAUCUGUACCCUCCUUGAUAAUAAUUAGGCAUUUCUACAUUGUUGAGAUAGAAAUGUCACUUGUAAUGUGUUACUUUAUGGUAUUUAAUCCAUGUGUGAGAUAUAAUAUUGUAUAAUAUUUUGUUAAGAGAUUGUAAGUGGAAGUCUCAAGUAGUUUAACCUUCAUGUGGGGUUGUCUACAAUGCAUGCAUGGCUAUGUUUGUAGGCAAAGUAUUUGAUGAGGUUCCCAAAGAGAAUCUCAUUGAUGACAUUGAGAUAUUAUAUUGCUUAGAUGCCCUCA